AUAAAUCCCUUUUCUCUGCUAGUGAUGUCUUGAUGCUGCAUGAAUAAUAUAUUUAUUGUACAGAUGAAAUAGAUUAGACUGUGCUGUGUGUUCAGAGUGCAAUAGCACAUAGAUAUAUGAGCAUCAUGAGCAUAGUGUAGUGAACACAACAGACUGUGAUCUCUGGCAGAACAUUCAUCAUGCUGUUGUCUAGUUUAUCAUUUAGUGUUGUACAGACACAGAAAUCUGACCUACACACUGAUACUGAGAGCUAAAAAGCUGAAUGUUUUUGUUUGAAUGUGAUUUCAUAGCAAUAACUCUCUCUGAAAGUAACUGAGACUGGCUAACAUUACUGUAGUGUGUAGAACUACAGAGAGAGAUGUGAGUUAGAGAGUCACACUGGAUAAUGCUGCAUGAAAGAGAUUAUAACAGAAUGGAAGCAAGUGAUCUGGUCAAUUUGUUUCUUACUGCAUUCAUACUGAAAGAUCCUGAAGAGAUUUUUCAAUCAGCAGAAAGAGGAGAGAAACAAUACAGUACAGGAUAAAAACAGACUUUUAGGAACAGUUACAGAAUGUUUAUAGCUAAUACUAUAGGAUAAAAUACAGAAAUACUGAAAAUUACAAUUCAUUUUUAAUAAUUUCUAAUCUUUCUUUGCUUUUUUUCCACAUCCUCCUCUAUAUAAAGUCAUCUGGGUUCAUCAGAGAGACAGAGAAUGGACAGAAGAUGAGAGAAAGAAAAUGGAGGAAUCUGCUCUACUGACUGAACUGGAGGGGACUAGAAGACAAUUAGAGAAUAAAGAAACACAGCUGAAGAACACAGAUAAAGAGCUGGAAACCAGUAAAAAUCAACUGGAGACACUGGGACAGGAACUUCAGGACAAGCAGAGACAACUACAGGAGAUGAUGAUUGUAGUGGAGCAACAGAAAACUGAUUUAGCAGAAAAAACAAAAACACUGCAGAUGAAAGAUGAGACACUGGAAGAGAAGGAGACACUGCUCAAACAGACAAGAGCUGAACUGGACAAAACAAUGAAGGAUUUAGAAGACAGUCAGAGACACAUGGAGGAGAAAAACACACAACUAGAGAAUCUGAACAAACUGCUGACGGAAAAUACACAAACACUUCAGAAGAAGGACAAGAAACUGGAGGAGAAGGAGAAACAGGUCAGAAAGAUAGAAGAAGAAUUGAAAAAAACAAAGGUGAUGUUAGAAAAGAAUCAGACACAAAUGAAGGACAAAGAGAGACAACUGGAGACACUGGGACAGGAACUGCAGGACAAGCAGAGACAACUACAGGAGAUGAUGAUUGUAGUGGAGCAACAGAAAACUGAUUUAGCAGAAAAAACAAAAACACUGCAGAUGAAAGAUGAGACACUGGAAGAGAAGGAGACACUGCUCAAACAGACAAGAGCUGAACUGGACAAAACAAUGAAGGAUUUAGAAGACAGUCAGAGACACAUGGAGGAGAAAAACACACAACUAGAGAAUCUGAACAAACUGCUGACGGAAAAUACACAAACACUUCAGAAGAAGGACAAGAAACUGGAGGAGAAGGAGAAACAGGUCAGAAAGAUAGAAGAAGAAUUGAAAAAAACAAAGGUGAUGUUAGAAAAGAAUCAGACACAAAUGAAGGACAAAGAGAGACAACUGGAGACACUGGGACAGGAACUGCAGGACAAGCAGAGACAACUACAGGAGAUGAUGAUCGUAGUGGAGCAACAGAAAACUAAGUUAGCAGAAAAAAACAAAGAGCUUGAAGAGAAAGAGAGUCUUCUAACUGAGAGAGAGACACAGCUAAUGGAAAGAGACAAACAGCUUCAGGAGAAAGACAGACUUCUGGAGGAGAAAACAAAGCAGCUGCAGGAACAAACAGAUCCAGAAUCAUCAGCCCCCAUCAGGAGAAGAAACAGCAAGGAAUGGUUACCUCCAGAUAUGAGUGGAGAGACUCAGGACUCAGCACCAAUCAGGAGAAGAAACAGUAUGGAGGGAAAACAUCCAACAUUGGGUGGAGAAUCGUCUAGUCCUCAUUCUCCAGUGUCGGUUCCUGUAGCAGAACUGAGGCUGGUGCUGCUGGGGAGGACGGGAUCUGGAAAGAGUGCAACAGGAAACACCAUCCUGGGCAGAGAGGAGAAGAACCAGGCUGCUACAUCUACAGCUACAUCUACAGUCACCCAGCAGAGUGAGAGCACACAGGGGGAGGUGACUGGGAGGAAGGUGACUGUGGUGGACACUCCUGACUGGUUCUGUUCUGAACUCUCUCUGGAGAAGCUGAGACAGGACGUGGGACUCUGUGUCCAUCUGUCUGCUCCAGGACCCCACGCCUUCCUCCUGGUCAUACCUGUAAUGCAGCCUACAGGAGAGGAGAGAGGGAUGCUGGAGAAAAUGGAGGAGAUCUUUGGAGAGAGAUGUUGGAGAAACACCAUGAUCAUAUUCAGUGUUACUGAUGAACUUCAGAAGAAGAACAUUGAGGAGUUUAUCCAAUCAGGAGUCCAGGAGGUCCAGAGACUUGUAGAGAAAUGUGGGAACAGGUUUCACUGUCUCAACAUUAAGGAGAGUGGAGAUGGUUCUCAGGUCUCAGAACUGCUGGAGAAGAUAGACAAGAUGGUGGAAGGAAGUAGAGAGAAAUUCUACAGCAGUGACAUCUACCUGGAAACAGAAUCUCAGAUUAGAGCCAUGGAGACAAAGAUCCUGAAGGAAAGAGAAGAGAAAAGGAAGAGAGAGGAGAUGGACAUGAAAGAAACAAUAAAAAAGGAGAUGCAGGACUCUCUGAGAAAGAUAGAGGGAGUGAUCCAGGAGCAUGAAGGAGACAUCAGACAACUUGAUGACCGAACAACUGAACUGGAGAGAAAGAUGAAAGAAGAGAGGGAUGAAGAGAAAAAGAAAGAAUUUGAGAAGGAGCUGAAACAAGAGGUAGAGCGAAGGACAGAAAUGGAAGAAAAGGUGAAGAAACUAAAAGAAAAGAGAGAGAGGGAGAGGAGAGAGAUGGAGGAGAGACACAAACAGGAGAUGCAGGAGAUCAGGGAGGUGUAUGAAGGAGAGGCCAUGAUGGAGGCAGAGAGAAAGCUCAUGAAACUCAUCCUGCCUGAACUCCAGAGAAAUAUUUUGUCCUCAAAAACAAAGAUGCAGGAAGAUUUCAGCAGACAGAUGGAGGAGAAGAACAGAGAGCUGGAGAUUCUUAAACAGAAACUUUCAGAUCUCACAGAUACUCACAGUGUGCUUGAAGAGGUUUAUGAGAAAACGGUCAGAAAAAGCUCAGAACAAGAGAGAGCUGCUCUAAAAGGAGAGGCAUCAAAGGGAAUCUCUCAGAAAUUUAAAGAUUUGUUUCAGUGAGUAACAGAGUUUAUAAAGCUGCAGAGACUCACCUGGUCAGAAAUGAGGCAUAUGAGUGAUGAUGGACAUCACAGAGGAAGAGAUAGAACCCUAAGGAUGAAGAAAGAAGAUAAGAAACAGGGUUAAACAGUUUUUUUUCUAUGGAAACCCUGCAGGGGAAACGACCUAACAGCCAAUAAUUCUUAAAACAACAGGAUUUUAAAAAUCAAGAUGGAUUGUCCAGUUGGCUACAAGAGUCCAGCACACUCACAAAUUAGUUGCAGAUUUAGUCAAUUCUGAUUAACAGUAAGAUUGUUACAGCUACUUUCUUGUCAUGCAGGACAACCUAACAAAUAUAAUGAGUGGGGAUAAUUUAGAACAUUACACACACUGAAGAAAUCACAUCAUGACCCAAAGUGUUUUAUUCUUCUUAUACAACAAUUUGAUACAAUUACAUUUUUAUUAAUUAAACAAGAACACAGUAAACUAUUUAUCUCUUUACAGCUACAUUUAAUGUUGAUGUUCAUCCUCAAAACUGCUAGUUACUGUUCUCACUUACAUUAUAACAGCUUGGAGCAGUCAUCACCCUUUCUUUUCUCUCUCUUGAAAGGAAAAGAAACAAAAUUGUGUUAUAAAACCUGCUGAUUGUUUCUGUGAAUGCUGACGGUUUGAUGACAUGACACACUUUUCUGUCCAGCAAAUUCUUUUUGUAUUGGUGACGUUUCAUUAGCAUCAUAAAAAUAUAAUGUGGUGCGAUCAUCUGAACAUCGUCAGAACUACAUUAUAAAGACUCCUUUGAUCUUUCUAUAUUGCUGUAUUUGACAUCAUUUUACAAAGUAUUUCACAUUAUUGAUUAAAACUGCAGAUCCUUUGGAUUAAUAGUACUUUCAUAAUAUACUAGAAAAGAAUUGUCCAGAUUUGUUCAUUUCGCAAAAUAUCACCUUGUGCUACUGUCUGUAACAGAACAUUUUGAGACUUUUAUAUUGAAAAAAUAUUAAUCAGAAAAAUAUCAUCGUAGAGCAACAUCUCUGUGAAUCUUGGAAAUAUCUGGAAGGUUUGUCAGACUUUAUCAACUUUGGAAAACUUGAACCUCUUUACAUUUUGCCAUGUUGUUGUUCAUGUUUUAUAUCUCAAUGAGAUGGAUAUUUUAUUUAAAAAAUUAUUUGUAAAAAUUUGUAUCAAUGUGUAUAUAUUUGUACAUUUGUGUAAAUACUGUAUGAAUAAAUUUAUAUAUGUAUG